AACUAAAGUGAGGUUUUGAAUGCAGGAUGUUUACUGGGUGAUUUUUACACUGUGGUUUUAAUAUGUUUAUUUCAAUAACUUUGUUGAGCUUGUUUUUAGCUCUGUUUCUAUCUCACUGAACAUAGUCCGUAUAUGUGAACUUGUUCGGCUGAUAAGACCGAGGAUAAAAUAAGACCGGUUAUGAAUCAAGAGGAGGAGAUGCAGACAGGGGGAGGGAAGUUGAAACUCAGACGCCAUUUUACACCUGGACGGAGCAGGAGGACAACAGGUGUUACUGGUUUAUCUCUCAGACUGGAGAAGAUGAGUGAUUUAAAAGAUGAGGAAGAGGACACAUCUUCAGUCCCCAGCUGUCUGUCUCUGAAGAGUGACUGGUCUAUGCCGGAACCUCCAUACUUCAGUAAUGAACCUGGACCAUCAGACACAAAAGAGAGAGCAGAGUCUCCAGUCCCCAGCUGUCUGUCUCUGAAGAGUGACUGGUCUAUGCCGGAACCUCCAUACUUCAGUAAUGAACCUGGACCCUCAGACACAAAACAGAGAGCAGAGUCUCCAGUCCCCAGCUGUCUGUCUCUGAAGAGUGACUGGUCUAUGCCGGAACCUCCAUACUUCAGGAAUGAACCUGGACCUUCAGACACAAAACAGUCUGCAUGCCUGCCUCAAACCCCGUGCCCCAGCAGCCAAGCUUUCGGCUACGGCCCCAGCACCCAAGCGACCGCCUUGAGCUCAAGCGGCCUUGGUUCCAGCUCCCGUUCCGGUCCUAGUUCUGGCCCCAGCAGCCAUGGUUCCAGCCCCAGCAGCCGUCCCCCGAGGCUGGCACGGAGAGAGUGCCCAGAGGAGAGAGGGGCCUCUCGAAACGUGAUGGGCUGUCCAGCCGCUGCCUUCGCCCUUGUGCCCGGCUUCCUGAGUUCGCCCCUCCUUGAACUUUGCCUUGCCCCUGGGCCGUCCGCCCGAGACCACCUCCUCAAACUCUGCCCUGCCCCCGGGCCGUCCACCCGAGUCCCCAUUCUCGGCUUCUGCCGUGCCGUCAACCCAAACCCCUCCUCUGGACCCCUUCCACCCACCCUUUUGGCCCUAAGGGAAGAGGAAGAGUGGUGUUCCUGUGGAGGAGCAGCUGUCCAGCUGUGCUCUGUGACAGGCGUCCUGAAGGAUCCAGUCUCUACCAGCUGUGGACACUGGUUCUGCAGACAGUGCAUCACCUCAUACGGGGAGCAGAGAACUCCAUCAGGAGACCCCUCCUGUCCCCAGUGUGGAGAAAGAACCAGAGCUGGACUGCAGACAGCCAGUCAGACCGGAACUGUACAAGCAGAUAGUGGUCUGCAGGAGGUUUUAGAUGAACAUAGGCUCAGUCUGAGGAGGAGAUGUGAACAUGUGACUGAAGGAACUGAUCAGAGUGAAACCCUCCUCAACAGCAUCUUCACUGAGCUCUACAUCACACAAGGCCAGAGUGAAGAGGUUAAUACCCAACAUGAGGUGAGGCAGCUGGAGACAGCUUCCAAUAAGAAGCCCCUCCAUGACACUCCAAUCAAGUGCCAGGACAUCUUUAAAGCCUUACCUGACCAACAGACUCUGAUCAGAGCGGUCCUGACCAACGGAGUCGCUGGAGUUGGAAAAACCUUCUCAGUGCAGAAGUUCACUCUGGACUGGGCCGAGGGUUUGGAAAACCAAGAUGUCAGUCUGGUGAUCCCGCUCUCCUUCAGGGAGCUGAACCUGAUCAAAGGUGAGCAGUACAGUCUUCUCAGGCUGCUCCAUGUUUUCCAUCCAACCUUGCAGAAGGUCACAGCAGAGCAGCUGGCUGUCUGUAAAGUGCUGCUCAUCUUUGACGGCCUGGAUGAAAGCAGACUUUCUCUGGACUUCAGAAACAAUGAGGUUGUGUCUGAAGUCUCACAGCAGUCCUCAGUCAACGUGCUGCUGACAAACCUCAUCAGGGGGAAGCUGCUUCCCUCAGCUCUCGUCUGGAUAACUUCCAGACCUGCUGCGGCCAAUCAGAUCCCUCCUGAGUGUGUGGACAGGGUAACAGAAGUACGAGGCUUCACUGACGCCCAGAAGGAGGAGUACUUCAGGAGGAGAUCGAGUGAUGAAGACCUGUCCAGCAGAAUCAUCUCUCACAUCAAGAGCUCCAGGAGCCUCCACAUCAUGUGUCUGAUCCCAGUCUUCUGCUGGAUCACUGCUACAGUUCUGGACCACAUGUUGACUACAGACCAGAGAGGAGAGCUGCCCCAGACCCUCACUGACAUGUACUCACACUUCCUGCUGGUCCAGACCAAGAGGAAGAAGCAGAAGUAUGAAGAGGGACAUGAGACGAGUCCACAGCAGCUGACGGAGGCUGACAGGGAGCUUCUUCUGAAGCUGGCGUUUGAACAUCUGGAGAAAGGAGACAUCAUGUUCUACCAAGAAGACCUGCAGCGCUGUGGUCUUGAUGUCAACGAGGCCUUGGUGCACUCAGGAGUUUGUACACAGAUCUUCAAAAGAGAGAGUGUGAUCUUCCAGAAAACAGUCUACUGCUUUGUUCAUCUGAGCAUUCAGGAGUUUCUGGCUGCAGUCUACGUGUUGCACUGUUACACCAACAGAGACACAGAGGUACUGAAGGACUUCCUGAGGAGAGACGGGGACGAAGACAAUGAUAGCAGUGAUGAUGAUAACCCAUCCCUGGAUGUCUUCCUGAAGGGAGCCAUGCAGAAAUCCCUCAGAAGUAAAAAUGGCCACCUGGACCUGUUUGUCCGCUUUCUCUACGGCCUCUCUCUGGAGUCCAACCAGAGUCUGUUAGGAGGCCUGCUGGGUCGCACAGACAACAGACCAGAAACCAUCCAGAGAGCCAUCAGCAACCUGAAGGAGAUGAGCAGUUAUGAAUUCUCUCCUGACAGGUGCAUCAACAUCUUCAACUGUCUGACAGAGAUGAAGGACCACUCAGUACAUCAGGAGAUCACAGAGUUCCUGAAGUCAGAGAACAGAUCAGAGAGGACACUCUCUGUGAUCCACUGCUCUGCUCUGGCCUACAUACUGCAGAUGUCAGAGGAGGUUCUGGAUGAGUUGGACCUGAAGAAGUACAAAACAUCACAGGAGGGACAACUGAGACUGCUUCCAGCUGUGAGGAACUGCGGGAAGGCAAAACUUACUCUCUGUGGACUCUCAAAGACUGACUAUGAAGUCGUGGCCUCAGCUCUGAAGUCUGACCCCUCCCAUCUGAGAGAGCUGGAGCUGACUCACAACGCUCUGAUGGAUUCAGAAGUGGAGCUGCUGAGUUCUGGACUAAAGAGUCCAAACUGCAGACUGGAGGCUCUCAGACUGGAGGGCUGCAGUUUGUCACAGAUCAGCGUUUCUGCUCUGAUCUCAGCUCUGAAGUCCAACAUCCACCUGAGAGAGCUGGACCUGAGUCACAAUGCUCUGCAGGAUUCAGGAGAGAAGCUGCUGAGAGAUCUUCUGGAGAGUCCAGACUGCAGACUGGAGACCCUCAGGAUCAGAGAUGAUGAGACGAUCAGAGCCAAGAUCCAGAAGACCUGAACUCCCAUCCCCCGAGUCCUGCGGCAGGAAACGCUCCAUCUCUCCAAGAACUCCUGGACCCUGCAAGCUGGUCCAGAACCAGAGUCCCAGUGAGGAGUCCAGCCAGUCGACCUCUCAGAGUUAAACUAAACUACAACAUUAUUAAAGAUCAUGUCUAAAGUAAAAAAAGGACGCUUUCAGACUGAAUCCAGAAGUUUCUCAAGCUGCAGUCAAAGCAGAUCAUUUGUGAAAUAUAUAUAUAUAAAAAAAACCUGUAAUAAGAAUGACUCUGAAUACUUUCUUUGGACAUUCUAUUUACAAUUUCUUUAAACAAAUAUUUAAAAUGUUUCUGACUUUCUAUCCGAGUGCCUUUCUCAUGAAUUAACUACUUAAAUCUUCUUUUCUUUUCACAGGAUUUUUUUUUCUCCAUGUAACUUCAAGACUAAUUAUUAUUUUCUCAGCCCUGUAAUACAUUUUUUUUUUUUUUAAAUAAAUAUCCCAUGUGUUGUACUUGUA